AUGUUCAGCGACGAGACCAAGGACAAGAUCAACGCUGCCGUCGGUGUCGGCAAGACCGUUGCUGUGUACGGAUGGAUCCCCUUCAUCCUCUACGUUGGAUACUCUCGAUCGUCUCCUCAGCCUUCUCUCAUCAAGUUGAUCAGCCCUUUGGCUUGA